AUGGCACAACUUCUCACGUCUGCUGCGUGUCGCGUCCGCGUUGCUCGCGCCUCCGACUGCGUGUAUCGUGAUGAAUGUAUCUUUUCUUUCGACUCGGCUCUAUCUCCUUUGGGUUUAUACACAAACCUGCGCUCAUUUCUAUCGUACGGAGCUUUGUGUCUUCGUUUCGAUCGCAGCGGAACAUCCGAGACCGCCGUUUACCUGCACCAGCAGCACCAUCGCAUACCCAAGACUUUAUCCUCUUUAAGUAACAACAAAAAACCCACAAAACUUGCAAUUGGUGGUGAUGGAGGCUUUAUAGCCAACGUAGAAGAUAAAUUUGAGCUUGAAAAGACGUUUUCCAUUGUUUUAUUCGGUCCUCAACAACAGGAGCUCGUCCGAAUGUCCCUAGACGAUCCAGAUCUCCCAUUGAAGCUUAAAGAAGCAGCUGAUGCUGUGUUGAAUCACGAAGGGAACACCGUGACCGAGGAGGUGGCGUCCUGGCAGGAGGAACUUAUGCCUACCAAGUACGCCGAACAUUUGAAGCAGGUACCGUCCCCACCAUACAUUGUGUCGAAACCUUUGGCGUGGAAAUGUCAAGCGUUCGACUGUGACAAGUGCGAGAACUUGUGGCUCAAUCUUUCAGAUGGCUACAUUGGAUGUGGUCGAGCGAACUGGGAUGGGUCAGGGGGAUGUGGUGCUGCCUUGACGCACUUUAAAGAAACGGGAGAGAUUUAUCCACUGGCCGUCAAGUUGGGUACGAUUACGGCGGAAGGAGGAGAUGUGUACAGCUACGCACGAGAUGAAGAUGAUAUGGUCAAGAACCCGCACUUGACCAAACAUUUACAACAUUUCGGUAUCAAUGUUAACAAUCUACGCAAAACGGACAAGUCAAUGAAUGAACUGCAAGUGGGACUAAAUUUAUCGUAUGAGUUUGAAGCAGUGACGGAGGCCGGCAAGAAACUUGUACCCGUGUCUGGAGCGGAAUAUAUGGGAUUUAAGAAUCUGGGGAAUAGUUGCUACAUGAACUCGGUGCUGCAGCUGCUGUUGGCGUUGCCUGAGGUUCAGGAACGGUAUUUCAAGGACACAGACAAAAUUUUCUCUACAGCAGACCCAUUGUCGACUUUACCAAUGAAUGAUUUUUCCGCGCAGUUUGCUAAGAUCGCGAAUGCGGCUCUUACAGAUCGAUACAAGAAGCAAUUUUUGACACCCAAGGGCGGCAGCAAGGAUGUGGAGGAGGACGAUUUACACAAUGUCGAUCUCAGACCUAUUACAUUCCGUGCUCUUGUGGGUAAAGGCCACCCGGACUUUUCCACGGGGCAGCAGCAAGACGCUGUAGAGUAUUUGCAGCAUUUGUUGAACUUUAUGACUCGAGCCGAGCGUGUUGAUGCGAAUCGCUUAGGGCCACUCCUUCCUGGCGGCAAUGCCACUAGUGCAGAGCUACCGACCGCAAGCUUAUUCAAGUUUAAGCUAGAAGACCGCGUGCAGUGUAUGACUUCAAGUAAGGUGAAAUAUGUGCCGCGUGACGACAUGCUUCUUCAAUUGCAGAUUCCUCUUGAGGCAGCCACCAAUGCCACGCAGGUGACUGCUUACCAAGUGCUCGAGCAAAAGCGCCAACGUCUCGGUGACAACGAAAAGUCUGAGAAAAGUGAGAAUAAGGAUAGCAAAGAACGUGUCGUGCCUAACGUUCCAUUCGAAGCGUGCGUUGAAAAGACACUGGCACCCGAAAUUAUAGAAGAUUUUUUGUCUCCAGCUACAGGCAAGAAAGGAAAAGCGCAAAAGACGGUCCGGUUCCGCUCAUUCCCGCGUUAUUUGCUUGUGCAAAUGAGACGCUUUUACGUGGCAGAAGACUGGACGCCAAAGAAACUUGAAGUCGAGGUGAAGGUGCCAGAGAAAUUUUCGCUUAGCCGAUUUGUGUCCAAGGGUCUUGUGGAUGGCGAGGAAGAGAUGCCAGAAGCUACUGUGACAAACGGGAGUGCUGCUGGCGUGGAGGUAGAUGCUGCAGACGAAGUCCUUGUGGCUCAACUAGUUUCCAUGGGUUUCUCCGAGAAUUGCUGCAAGCGCGCAGCGAUCGCGACUGGCAACUCCAACGCGGAAGCUGCUAUGGAGUGGAUUCUAAGUCACAUGGAAGACCCUGACUUUAAUGAUUCACCUACACCAGCGAGUUCUGCACCCACGGCUGAAGGUGAGUCCGUCAAUGUGGAGCUAGUGUCCAACCUGAUGGCAAUGGGCUUUACGGAACCUCACGCCAAGUGUGCGCUUCAGCAAACAGACAACAAUCCUGACCGCGCCGCUGAGUGGUUGUUCAGUCACAUGGACGACUUGAAUGAUGCUGUGGCUCAAUGCGAAAGCAAUUCAGUAAUCUCUAGUAAUUCUGGGUCAUCUGCGAAUCGUUUGGAUAGUGAGACUGUAGGCGACUACUCUCUUGUAGGAUUUAUCAGCCACGUUGGCAAGAACACCAACUCUGGGCAUUACGUUUGCCAUAUGAAGAAGGAAGGCCGCUGGAUUAUCUUUAACGAUGACAAGGUGGCUGUGUCAGAGGUACCGCCGCUGGGUGCUGGGUACCUCUACUUGUUCCGUCGCACAGAUCCCCAAGCUUAG